AAUGAUUCCUCUUACUUGGAAUGAAUUUCUUGAGUUUAUAAGUGAUAUUUAAGAUAAUGAGCUUGACAAACCUUAAAUUAGCUAAUUUAUAAAGAUACCAGAUAUAAGCAUGACAUCUUUUUAAAUUAUAUAAUAUUUCAGCUCAGAUUUUCAAAAGUAUAAAAACUAUUAUAACAAAAUAGAGCAAAAAUUAAAAAAAGAUGUAAAUGGGGAGAUAACGAAAAGUAUCUAUUGAUAUGGUGUGUUUCAAAAUUGAUGAUAAAGCUUUAGCUAAAAUUCCAUGAUCUUGUAAUACUUUUUUCUCAAUAAAUUUUGUAUAGCAUUAAUGGAAAGUCUUUGAAAAGCUCUCAAUGAUUUUUGGUCUCCCAGAAGAAUUUUUGAUGACUAAAUGGUUGAGCCUGCUGAAUUAUAAACUUAAAGAACAGCCUUGGAAACCAGAAGAAGAUGACCUACUAAUAAAAUUGAGAUAGUAAGAGUAAUUUUCAAGAUAGGCUAUACCCUGGACCUAAAGACUGGAUAAAAAUUGCAAAAGAAUUUAUUAAAAGUAGUUAAACUGUAAGAUAUCCAAAAUAGAUUCGUGAGCGAUUCAAUAAUGUUGUAAAUCCAAGCAUAAACAAGUAAUCAUUGCUCUAAUCUAGAAAUGAAUUCAAUAAAGAUGAAAUACUUUUUAUUUUUAGGGAAGCUCAGAAUAAUAAUAAAAAUUGGGCUGGAAUUUCUAAAAUGUUACCUGGUCGAACAGAUAAUUAGAUUAAAAAUAUCUAUAAUUCUAUAAUUAGAAAAAUUUUGAAUGAAAUUGGAUCUGUAUAUAUUUAAUAUAGCUUAGAAGAGUUACGAUAAUAAGGUAGUUGAAUAACUAAUUCAAAAUCUAAUUGUCGAAUAAAAUAAUUACGAUCCUAUUCUUCUCUCAUCGAUUUUAAAAGAAGGCAAAACAAAGAAACCUUGUAUCAAAAUUGAGCCAAACUCAGAUAAUUCUUAAACUUCUGAACCCUCAGUUUAAGGUGUUCCUCCUCAAAUGGCAUUCCCUUUUAUUAAUUAUUAAACAUUCCAAUUCCAGAAUAUUUAUUUUUCCUACCCCUAAUUCUACUUUCCACCACCUUAUUACCCAUUAAGAAACUCAAAGUUUAAUGAGACCUGAUUUUAUUUUAAAGUGUAUCUAAAAUUUCAUCCAGUAUUUAAG